GUUGCAUGAUUUGCGUAGGCCUUGUUAACUUUUGGGGGGCGGGGGAGCGCGGGGGGGGUUUUGUUUAGAUAGAUGUAGAUGGUGAAGGGCUGGUGGGUAUACAAUAUUGCUUGAGGUAGGUAAUAGGCAAUAGAGAGAGAGCGACUGAUUGCAUGUUGUUGGUGUUGGAUGUUUGUUAUAUCUCGGAGGCGAGGAGUGCAGAAUCCAUAUAUGAUUGGUUUAGGUUACUUCUGCGUCUCUCGGGGAAGUCUUGCUGAGAAAGAUUAGGGAAUUAUAAAAUGAAAUGGAGUGUACUUUUGUAUCUCAGUGGGCAUUUUUAUGAAUUCACUUACUUUAUAUAUGGCAUCUGUCUUUGGUUGGUUGGUGGUUUGGCUGAGUUGGUCGGUUGGUUACUUGGUCGUUUAGGUAAGGUUUGUGAUUCUGGGGCUAUAUAUAUAUAUAUAUAUAUAAGUGUGUGUGUGUGGGUGCGUAUAGAUAGAUAUGUAAAUAGGUGGAUAGAUGAAUUGUGGUACUGUGUAUGUGAUGAGAUGAGAUUCAUACUUCUGGUAUGUCAUAGCUGGAUAUGUGUAUGGGAAGAUGGGGGAAAGACCGAAGGCAAGGGAAGGGAAGGGAUGGACGAGAUAUGGUGGAUCUAAAGUCGACGUCCCCCAUUUCUCUCUAGAUGUUCAAUUAUGUAUUUCUGUACGAGGGAAUGAUCUUAUUGUUCAGUCCGUCUUUCGGAUGGAGGAAAGAAGUCUUGUGUGAAUAGCUUCAUAGCCUACCUACCUUGUGCUAGGGUUGGUUGGAUGGGUAGCUGGGUGUAUGUGGAAUUCCUAGCCUGGUACGCCCCGUAUAUCUUCCGGGAGACUUUGUCCGUGGAAAAGUUGGCGUAUUGGAUGAGCCCUGGCAUUGAAUACUAAUAAUAAUAGCAAUAAUAGUAGUAGUAUUUGAUGAGACCAAGAGAACGAACGCAUAGGCUAGCUAGCUCUUCUCUUUGAGCAAGUAAGUGAGUGAGUGAGUGUCUGGCCCAUGGUCUAAGAUGGGGCAUAUUGUGUACGAAGAGUGCUGGAUGUGUGCUGAUCUGAUUUGAGAAAGAGCGAAGGGGGGUGGUGAGGGGUGCUGUGAGAGACGGGCUU